AUGUAUAUGUUUGAAAUACAAAACUUUAUGAGAAAUCAAGUGAAAGAAUGGAAAAAUGUUUAUGUGAUUUCAUCAGACAACUUUCCUUCAAAGUUUAAGACACCAAUUGGAAUUAUUUGUAAUACAGCUUGGGCUGGCGAGCCUGGAAUUCAUUGGCAAGCAAUCUUCAUAGAUGAUAAUAAUAAUUCAAAGUUCUUCUGCAGCUAUGUAAAUCUAUUGAGAUUAAUAACAAAUGUUUACAGAGCAUGA